AUGGAAUCCGGAUUUGUUAAAGCUCAAUCUGACAAUCUUCCGAAGGUUGAUGCUUUUAUUGUGAACGAAUUUUACAGAAAUAAUGCUAAUUAUUCCAGUGCAGAAAUACGUGGAGACAAAAUAUACAGAUUUUUUCCGAAGUAUAGGUUAUCUAAAUCAACAGUGAUAUAUUUGUUGGAAAAAAUUGAACAUAUUUUGGAAUUUUCUGAUAAUAGGAACAAUUCCAUACCACCCAUAAAUCAAUUAUUAAUAGCUUUAAGAUAUUAUGCCACAGGCAAUCACUUGCUUGCUGUGGCUGAUAUGGGUGGUACUAGUUUGGCUACAUCCAGCCGGAUAGUAAAGAGAGUGUCUCAAGCAAUUGUUUCCCUACGUCGAGAAUUCAUUAUAUUUCCUGAUACAAACAGAGACCAAGACAGAGUUAAGAUAGACUUCUAUGAUAUAGCUAGAUUCCCUAAUGUACUAGGCUGUAUUGAUUGCACACAUGUAAAAAUUCAGUCACCAGGUGGAGAUGAUGCUGAACUAUUUAGAAACAGGAAAGGCUACAUGUCCAUAAAUGUCCAAACAAUUGCAUCAGCAAAGUUGUUGGUCCAGGAUGUUGUUGCACGCUGGCCAGGCUCUACACAUGACUCAGCAAUUUACCAAAAUAGCUAUAUUUAUAGAAAGUUUGAAAGAGGGGAGUAUGGAGACAGCCAUUUACUUGGGGAUAGUGGCUAUCCCUUAAAGCCUCAUCUCUUGACACCUUAUCUCAACCCUACAACAAGUGGAGAACGAAAAUAUAAUGAGGCCCACAUUAGAACACGAAAUGUGGUGGAACGGCAAUAUGGUGUGCUAAAACGAAGGUUUCCAGUACUUGCGGUUGGAAUUCGUUUAGCUUUAAACAAUGCCAUUAAUGUCAUUAUAGCUUGCUGUAUCUUCCAUAAUAUAUGCAUAUUAAGAAAUGAGCAACAGCCUGUGAAUAAUGAUGAUGUGCCUAACCUGGAAGAGCUAAUUGCAAGGGGACAAAUAAAUAAUAUGGCAUUUUCUGACAGACCUUCUUUGUCAUAUGGAUUUCGCAGAAAUCAAAUUACACAAUAUUUUGAUAAUUUAUAA